GCCAAGCAGCUCGCCGAAUUGGCUCGACAGGGUGGCGACCUGGCCACGGCUGGCAAGUACGAGGCCGAACACAAGCGGCUGUUGGCCCUGGGGGCGCCCAAGCGGCCCGCGCCCCUUCACCCGCGAGUGCAGCAGCAGUAUGCGAUCGUCAGUCGGUUGGAGAAGGUUCUGGGCAAAGAAGCCGACAAGCUCGUGGGCUGGCGAAGCGACCUCUUGGUCCGUGAGGGCACCGUGCGGAGCAUGCGGGCCGAGUUGGAGGAGGCGGAUGCUCUCUACAAGUCGUUGGUCACUGAGCUGCAGCAGCAGGCAUCGGUGGGGCAGCCGCCUGGUGCUCCAACUGGCCCUGCCGGGCUCAAGCUUGAAGACUUUCGCGGCGAGUCCUUCGACCUGGGUGCGGUCCUCACCAUCGAUGAAGUUAGCUUUUUCGAGGGCGACGACCAGCUCGACCCCGAGGGCCGCGAGGGGAUCGCCGAGCGGAAGGGCGACCCCAACGCUGGCGUAUCCAAGCUCGCCGCGGACCUGCUGGGCCCACUGGUGGCUGCCGUUAAGGGGCUGCUGCAGGAGGAGAAGAAAAACCAGUGCUUGUUCAAGAUCCGGCACCAGCUGAAGGAGCUCGUGCUGAAG